GACGUUCACAGGUAGCACUACCAUGCCGUCCGAGCGCGGUGUUGCCUUUCUUUCAUCACGGCUCGUAGUUGACGUCGGCUGUGAUGAAAUGUAUAAAGUCUGCAGUUUUCAUUAUUCAGUGGUCGUCUUUUUUCGAACGCGUGUAAUUGUAUUGGGUCGCUCGACAUGACGUCAGGAGUGAUAUAGAUGCGUAACACGUCAGCUUUCUGUCAAAAACCAAACCCCCAAACCCUAUAGCGACUGCCGUUAUAGCUACCACAAAGCAGCUACGAUAAAUACGUAUUUGGAGUCCUUUGAUGUUUGACAGCAAAUAUCGCAAAAAUGUGCAAGAGUGAUAAGAUAAGUCUUUAACUAAGCAGCAAGUAAUAACAACCCUGUGAGUGUUCUAUCUUCCAUCAAAGUUCGAUGGUGACUGCUACAUAGUAAUAACUUAGCCACCCAUCUCUAGAGAGUAGAGUUGCAUUUUGUAGUGUUUUGAAUUGUAUGUCUCCCGAAAGUUAUCUAUUAUGUUUUUUGAGAUUGUUUCUCUUAUAGCAGUGGGCUUUUGUUGGGGAGGCACUAACCCCAUAAUCAGGAGAAACUCCAAAAAUAUUGUAAAAGUAGAGGCAUCGUCAGCAAUUGGACAGUUUUUCUUAGACUUGAAAUACUUGGCUACUAACAUAUGGUAUGUACUUCCAUGGCUGGUGAAUCAGAGUGGAUCUGUGAUCUAUUUUCUUACAUUGCAAAGCACUGAUCUGACCUUAUCAGUACCGCUAGCAAACUCGCUUACUUUUGUUUUUACUGCAAUUGUUAGUUGGAUUUUAGAAGAAAAGUUGCUCAAAAAAAGAACCAUUAUUGGAGUGAUCUUGAUCCUACUUGGAACAUUCCUAUGCUGUUGGGACAAAUUUUAACAAAAGAAUACUUGGAGUCUAAGUUAUUUAAUAUAUGAUUUGUAUAAAAAAGGUAAACAUAACGAAUAAAGCAGAAAUAAAAGUUGUCUUGCAUAUUAUCAUCCCUGGAAAUAUUGAAUGAUAUCUCCAGAUGGAGUCAAAAUGUCUGUAGAUAGUAAACAGAAAAUUCGUUCAAUGAUUAUAGGAAAUUCUUCAAUCAAUCGUAUCGUCAGUCGGUCCUAUAAUUGUAGGAUGCCUUUAUAGUCUCCUUAAUUUUCAUAGUAUUUUUUCUCCUUCAGAAGGGCUGGAGUGUUUCUAGAUUUCUACUGUUCCGUGUCAGCGUCAGCGCACUCCUUUUGUUCUUUUUGAAUUGUAGGAAAUUUGAGGCUCAUAUAACAAAUGAUAUACUCGUAUAUCAGAAGCUUAAACAAUUUGAUGCACAUAGAUAUUUGUAACAUAACCUCAAAAUAGACCGUUAAAACUAUGUGGUUGUUUUUGAAUCCAGUGAAUGCAAGACUG